GCCCGUGGUCGUGCAGUCCAGGGGGCUGGAUGGCAUGCUGGACCCAAGCUCAGCUCAGUGUCCGGGCCCAAUAACGGCUUUUCCAAGGGAGCAGCUUUCUGUCCUGGCCCCACCGAGGUGCACAGCGUAAUGUCCAUGUUGUUCUACACUCUGAUCACAGCUCUUUUGAUCGGCACCCAGGCAGAAGCCCACCCCGAGAGCCAUGUCCCAGCAGGACACGCCAUCCCCCAAGCCCACUGGACUAAGCUUCAGCAUUCCCUUGACACAGCCCUCCGCCGAGCCCGCAGCACCCCGGCGGGGGCAAUAGCUGCGAGGGUGGCCGGGCAGACCCGCAACAUCACUGUGGACCCCAAACUCUUUAAAAAGCGGAGACUGCGCUCACCCCGCGUGCUAUUCAGCACGCACCCCCCACCUGUGGCCGCAGAUACUCAGGAUCUGGACUUGGAGGCCGGCGGAGCCGCCUUGGCCAACAGGACUCGCAGGAGCAAGCGGUCGUCGUCCCACCCUGUCUUCCACCGGGGCGAGUUCUCGGUGUGCGACAGCGUCAGCGUGUGGGUGGGGGACAAGACCACCGCCACGGACAUCAAGGGCAAGGAGGUGAUGGUCUUGGGGGAGGUGAACAUUAACAAUAGUGUGUUCAAACAGUACUUUUUUGAGACCAAGUGCCGGGACCCCACGCCCGUGGACAGCGGGUGCAGGGGCAUCGACUCCAAGCACUGGAACUCGUAUUGUACCACGACCCACACCUUCGUCAAGGCGCUGACCAUGGACGGCAAGCAGGCUGCCUGGCGGUUUAUCCGGAUUGACACGGCCUGCGUGUGCGUGCUCAGCAGGAAGGCUGGGAGAAGAGCCUGACCUGCAGGACAGCCCCCACCCUCCCCAAGCUCCCCCUCCACACCCUC